ACCUUCCAAACCAGUAAUUCUUGUUUUCCUCGAAUUCUUAGACCAGAUGAUGAUGAUCCACCAUUCUCCCUCUGCAAUGAUAUUCUUGAGGCGGGCCCUCCACCAAAGGAUGAAACGCCAUCCAUCCCCUCUCUCUUCCCCUCUUCCCCCUCCGCCGAUAUGAUGCAGCUCGUGAGCCUCUCCCGUGUCGAGAAGCACGCGUCGAGCGCCAUGAACAAGCUCCACGAAGCCGCCAUGAAAGGCGACCUCGCGGCCCUCCAAGACCUGCUGUUGCAGGACCCCCAGAUCCUCCACAAGACCACUUCUUCGUCCUCCGACGGCACGCCCCUGCACGUUUCCUGCCUCUCGGGCCACGCGUCCUUCACCAAACACCUCCUCACCCACAACCCGGAGCUCGCCAAGGAGGCCGACUCCCGCGGCUCCCUGCCCCUCCACGUGGCGUGCGCGAAGGGCGACGUGGAGAUCGUCAGGGCCCUCGUGGCCGUCGACCCGGCCGGGUGUCUCCGGUAUGAUCGCGAGGGGAGGACGCCUCUGCACUUGGCCGCCAUCAAAGGGAGGGCCGAGGUCAUUGCCGAGUUGACUCGGGCCAAGCCCGAGUCGGCCCGGAUGGUGACGAGUCAGGGGGAGAGCGCGUUUCACCUCUGCGUGAAGAGCAACAGGGUGGAGGCGUUGAAGGUGGUGGUGGACUGCGUUGGGAGGAACGAUGAGUUCGUGGGUUGUAGGGAUAAGGAUGGGAACACGAUCUUGCAUCUUGCUGUGGCCAGGAAACAAUUGGAGAUCAUUAAGUAUUUGCUCUCCAGCACCAACAUUGCAGUAGACGUCCAAAAUGUGAAGGGAUUUACAGCACUGGAUGUCUUAUCACAAGGUCCAAGAGACUUGAGAGACAUGGAGAUCAAGCAGCUCCUACAGAGAGCCGGAGCUCCGAUAAUGUAUCAAACAUCUUUGGGUCGCGACACAAUCCAGGCCAUUCAAUAGCACAGCCUUAUAUCAAACAGAACAGUGAUAUUAAGCCACCGGUUAAGGCUCGCAAACAGACAGAUUGGCUGGGCAGAAAAAGAAGUGCCCUGAUCGUGGUGGCUUCACUCAU